GUGAACGUGGCCCAUCCAUGUGGGUGCUUCUGUAGUAGUAUCUGAACUGGGUGGACUUGCACCUUUUACUGUAACAAGGAAGCCGGUGUUAGAGCAUCAUGUCAAAACCGUUGUCAGACCACGAUAAAAGGAAGCAGAUCUCCGUGAGAGGUCUUGCCGGUGUGGAAAAUGUCGCAGAACUGAAGGUCGCUUUCAAUAGGCAUCUCCAUUUUACACUGGUCAAGGACAGAAAUGUGGCAACCAAACGGGAUUACUACUUUGCUCUCGCCAACACCGUGCGCGACCACUUGGUGGGCAAGUGGAUCAGAACCCAGCAGUACUACUAUGAGAAAGAUCCCAAAGUAAGUUCCACUGUUAAAAUGCUCGUAUCAUCUGUAUCCUCCUAAAAUCCAUAGAAUAGAAAUAAACAGAAAGAAAUGGAAUAGAAUAGGAUGUCAAAUUUCCCCUUUGGUUUCACAGUAACAUCUAGCAAUGAAAAAUAGACAACAUUAGUCAUUCAUCAUAAAGAGCAUUCCAUGUUAAUUUUUUUGAAAAAUAAUGAUAUGGGAAAUAUAUGGCCAUACUGUGAGAAAAGUAAAUAACAUUGUAAUGUUACAUUUCAGUGGUCUUGGUUAUACCACACUAUUUUAGUAAUGAAUGUAUUAUUGUGUGCCUCCGACCUCAGACCUACUGUUCCAGUGGCCAGUGUUAUUAGCAGGAUAAUAGCCAACUUAGGACAUAUGGUUUGAAAACAUCAUAUUUUUACAUUUUAGUUGUCAGAUUCUCUUAUCCAGAGCAACUUACAGUAGUGAGUGCAUACAUUUUUGUACUUUGUUUCCUACUGGUCCCCCAUGGGAAUCAAACCCACAACCCUGCUCUACCAACUGAGCCACACGAGAUCAUAAGAUCUCCAUGGCAAUUUAAUAUCACACAUACUGUAUACUCUUAACACACAUACUGUAUACUCUUAACACAUACUGUAUACUCUUAUAAACUCUUAACCACAUACUGUAAUACUCUAACACAUAAGUAUACUCCUUAACACAGACUGUAUACUUUAACACACAACGGUUACUCCUUAACACCAUACUUGUUACUCUUAACACCAUACUGUAUACUCUUAACACAUCUGAAAUACUCUUAACACACAUACUGUACUCCUUAACACAUACUGUUCCUCUUAACACCUACUGAUCUCUUAACACAUACUGUAUACUCUUCCCACAUCUGUCUACUCCUUAAAACAAACAUACUGAUACUCUUAACACAUACUGUAUACUCUAACAACAUACCUGUAAUACUCUUAACACACAUCGGUAUACUCUUAACCAAUACUGUAUACUCUUAACACAUACUGUUAUCUAAACACAUACUGAUACUCUUAACCCAUAAUGUAUACUCUUACACUACUGUUACUCUUACACACAUACUGUAUACUCUUAACACAUACUGUAUACUCUUAACACCAUACUGUAUACUCUUAACACAUACUGUAUACUCUUAACACACAUACUGUAUACUCUUAACACACAUACUGUAUACUCUUAACACAUACUGUAUACUCUUAACAAAUGACACAUUUGAAGCCUGGUUGUAUAAUUCACUAUGGUAAGUUUUUUUUACUAGUCAUUCCCCAGCAACAUGCUGCUGUCCACACAGGGUCUCUGUCCCUGGGUUAAGUCUCUUUGCCAAAUGUUGCAUUGCUGCAUUAAUGCAAGCAGUAUCACCAUGACAUUUCCAAUUCACUAGUGCUCCUCAGUCGUGAUGAUCUGCUAUACUAAACCUGUCUGUGACCUUCUCUCCUCCCCCCCACCUCGUACACGUAGUUCAUCCUGGAGCUGAUAUAGCUACAGCUGUAGGAGUAGCAGAAGUGCCAAUUGACAUCAACGAGUGUAAAGGAGCAGGGAAAAACUUUGUUCCAUACCCUCAUUGAUUAGUUUUAUGUUACUGAGCCUUCUAUUUAGUUGUGAAUCAGCCUCUUCCAUAACUACCUUAUUCAUGCAACAUCCUUACAGACAAUGAAACCUAGUCAGUAACGAUGAACAGGAUCUAAAGCCGUAAGAAAUUUUCUUGACACAGAAAAAACUAAAUCAGAUAUUAUAUUUUACCAAUAUGUCACAGAUAUCAUAUAUGAUAUUCCCUCUGUGAAAUAUGUAUAUAUAUAUAUAUAUAUAUAUAUAUGUUUAUAACAUGUUUAUAGCAUGUUUAUAGCAUGUUUAUACCAACUAAGGUAAGUACAAUACACGAAGAAGUUGCUGCCUGUACAGCACUUUCCUUCUGACCUUCUACUUCAUUACAUCAUCCGAGGUCAGCUGGUGGUUAUGGUGUCCCUAGCUGAAAGGUCAAAAGGUAUUCCCUGAUAGAAAGGUCAAGACAGAAACCCAUUAGCAGGGAGGGCAAGAGGACAUUUAAUCUGAGAAGAAAAUUGGGAGGCUGGUUAGAGUUUAAAUGUAUGAGAACAUAGAGAGCUGUUCUCCUUACAUGCCAAAAAACGACCGUUGUUUUGUUGAUGAUGAUGCAUUUAAUCUAAUGUAUUUAAUACAUCUGCAAAUGAUGUGGUCUUGGACAGGAAAACUGUAACACACUGGGGAAAUGUUCUCAGCAUGGACAGUAUCACUGCCAUGGUGGUAUAAACUAUAUCAAAAUAUUGGAGUGAAAGGGACUGAAUUAUUGAAACAUCAACGAGUGCAUAUCAUUUUACAUUUUAUAUUUUAGUCAUUUAGCAGACGCUCUUAUCCAGAGCGACUUACAGUUAGCGCAUACAUUAUUUUAUCGAACCCACAACCCUGGCGUUGCAAACGCCAUGCUCUACCAACUGAGCUACAUCCCCUGCCGGCCAUUCCCUCCCCUACCCUGGACGACGCUGGGCCAAUUGUGCGCUGCCCCAUGGGUCUCCCGGUCGCGGCCGGCUACUGUGAAUUGAAUUGCUAAUCGUUUAACUCACAUGUUUCAUUGAGUAUUGACUGGUUCAUUUACAUAUAUGAUAUCAUAAUUUAUUUCUCAUCUAAUGAAACCACACACUCCUUAGUAAUUAGAUUUUCAUGGGGGAGGUAUGUGUACUGUGCAAUGGAAAUAUCUAUACGGAAACUCCUGAUCUGCAAACCGAUAUUUAAAUGUCAGAAUUGGCACAAAUUAGGUUAGGGUCAUAGUUAGGGUCAGGUUUAGGGUAAGGGUCAGGGUAAGGGUUAAGUUAAGGGUCAAGGUCAGGGUCAGUUUUAGGUCAGCAGUGACCUUAUAGAGUCUCCCCUGUGGAAUGAGUCAUUUCUGGAUAAUAUUUUUGACCAUUUAGGGGGGCCUGUUUGGCUCAAGACCACCCCCAGUGGUUAAAAUAUAGUAUUUAAGAGAAGCCUUAACCCAACCUAUCAUACUUGUACCCAAAUUGUUACCAAUUUUAUGAUAUAUGGCCAUAUUUAUUUGGUAGACAUUUAGUUGCACAUUUACACAAGAUAGAGAGCUCAUUUGGAGGGUUCACUCGUACACUGUACCCCAAAGUACAACAUUAAGUCAUUUAUUAGACUUGAUACACUAGCUCUCUACAUACUUGAUACACUAGCCCUGUACAUACUUGAUAUCAGUACCCUCCCUGGUACAGCUACAGUAUGUUUUCAGACCUCUCUUUUACUAUUCAUGAGUAUCACACACAGACUAACCUUUACAACAACCCCAGCUGAAGCUAUUUUUGCCUGAGCCAAAAUGCCAAUGUUACGUAACACCAACAGCAAUCUGUCUCCCGUAGCGCCUAUCACCCCUCCUCUCUGUCCUCCUCCCCCUCCUCUCUCCCCUCCGUCCCCUCCUCCCCCCUCCCGCCUCUCCGCCCCCUCCUUCCCUCCUCUCUCCCCUCCGCCCCCUCCUCCUCCCCCCUCUCGCCCCUCCUCUACUCUCUCUGCCAGAGAGUGUGCCAGACCUCCCUAUCCAACACCAAGAGAAAAACAUGUAAAAUGUCAAAGGCUAAACAACUGUAAGGCUCAGGUGUCAGAGUUCCACACGCUCAUGUUUACAGGCAGACCAUAAAAAGUAUUCUAGGAAUUUGCUUGACAGUUUGAAUGGGUUUGUGUUACUGUAUCUGACACAUUACACUCACAUCAGCAUUUGGGUUCAUUAGUAUUUUGGUUACAGUCGUUCACCAAGUGUUCAACAGUCCAUAAAAUAAUUCAAUGCACUUAUUAAAACAGCAGACUGUGACUCAUUGGGUUAGAGAAUCAAUAAGAUGGCCAAGCCCUUAAUAUUGUCUCCUCUGGUUGUUAGCUCUGCUACUGUAUCCCACACUCAUCUCUCUCUCACUCUAUCCCCCACCUCUCUUGUCCUCAGCGGGUGUACUAUAUCUCCCUGGAGUUUUACAUGGGUCGCACCCUGCAGAACACUAUGGUGAACCUGGCCCUGGAGAACGCCUGUGAUGAGGCCGUAUACCAGGUGAGGGAUGCUCACAGUCAUUCAGAUAGCUUUUUCAUUGCUGUGGCUCACCACGGCAGUCAAACUGACUUCACCUUGUGUAACAUAGCUACAUUUUCUACCCUCGUUCAUUUUUUUGGGGGGUCAAAAGAUCCACCCCUGUUUUAACUGAAUGUCAUGGCCACAGAGCUGUGAUUUGAACCUGACUUGACCUGAGCCCCUCUAUUCUCCAUAGCUGGGUUUGGACAUGGAGGAGCUGGAGGACAUGGAGGAGGAUGCUGGCCUGGGAAACGGUGGUCUUGGUCGUCUUGCCGGUCAGUUGCCUAGCUACUUCCUCUCACAGAGAGAGUGUGACAUUGGUGUGCCUUAGACGGUUGUUUGAAUUACACUAGAAUGAGCUAAACAUUAUAUAAUGAUAUAACAUGAUAAGUUAAUUUGGCCAGUGUAACCCUAACCUAAGCCUUCCCUGGUCCUCAGCAUGCUUUCUGGACUCAAUGGCUUCUCUGGGCCUUGCUGCCUAUGGCUAUGGUAUCCGCUAUGAGUUUGGCAUCUUCAACCAGAAGAUUGUCAAUGGCUGGCAGGUAACAUAUAUACACUCCUAUGCUUUUGGGGAACUUUUUCUUAUGUUUCCCCAUCAUUUUCAGACCAUAAGACACAGAGGUGGACUGUGAAACAACUUUGCCCGACAGACUGUAUUACAUUUCAAUUUUAGUAAUUUAGCAGACGCUGUUAUCCAGAGUGACUUACAAUUAAUGCAUUCAUCUUAAGAUAGCUGGGUGAUACAACCACAUAUCACAGUCGUAGCAAAUACAUUUUCCCUCAAUAAAGUAGUUAUCAGCAAAGUCAGUGCUAGUAGGAACAUAUUACGUUUUUUGUAUAACCCAAUGAUUGACAGGUUGAGGAGGCCGAUGAUUGGCUGCGUUACGGCAACCCCUGGGAGAAGGCCCGCCCCGAGUACAUGCGCCCCGUCAGAUUUUAUGGCAGGACCGAGCACACCCCAGAUGGUGUGAAAUGGGUUGACACUCAGGUGAAUAAAGGACAGGGGUUGGGGUGAGAUUGAGGGUGCAUAUGAGGGAGACGAGUGUGUGUGUGUGUGUGUGUGUCUGAGAAGGGAGAGAAAAACAAGGUGCUGCUAUGGCAACUGGAUGCCACCAAUGAACCAUCAAUGAAUAUGGAUUCUGUUAGCAGGUUUCUUUAAAUUCAGUCUCUUGUCAUUGCGUUGACAGGUAGUGUUGGCUCUGCCAUACGACACCCCUAUUCCCGGCUACAGAAACAACAUUGUCAACACCAUGCGACUGUGGUCUGCUAAGGCCCCAUGCGACUUCAACCUGAAAGACUGUAAGUGUACACUUUGCUUGGCUAAUUGUUUUCACCUUGACUGGCUGCAUUCCACCAUUUCAUAUGCUUAUUUAGUCAAAUCUGCAAAUGGCUACUCAUGUAGCAUGACGUAAUUGGCCACUGGGAACCAUUAUCCUUAGGGUUUGUUUUUCCCUGUCUCAACAGUCAACGUUGGUGGCUACAUUCAGGCUGUGUUGGACAGAAACUUGUGUGAGAACAUUUCCCGUGUGCUGUACCCCAACGAUAACGUAAGGAUACAUACUAGAAUUUGAAAACUUGUGAAUUGUGAUGAAUUCAAGAUGGUGACAGACAGAUGUGCAGGUCAGUGUGGACUCACCUCUACAUGUCUUCCUCCCCAGUUCUUUGAGGGCAAGGAGCUUCGUCUGAAGCAGGAGUACUUUGUGGUGGCUGCCACUCUGCAGGACAUCAUCCGUCGUUUCAAGGCCUCCAAGUUUGGCUCCAGAGAGAUCGUCCGCACAGACUUUGCCGAGCUGCCGAACAAAGUGAGAACCCCCUAUUGGUUAUUCAAACAUAUACUGAUAUGUCUUCAUGUCACUUACAGUUGUGGUCAACUGGAGUUUGAUUUACAACGUAUUUGUUUGAUUUACAAUGGCACCGGACCCAAAAAAUGAUAAUCAAAACUGAAAUGUUGAUUUUUCACUUAAAACAGAACAUUUUGCUCCAUUGCGUUCCAUUGUAAAGUGCAAGGGUGCCAAUGUAUUUGACUGCAACUGUCUCCAUGUCACUGGCUUAAGUAUAGUUAUUUUGAUGACUUGUUCUGAUGUGAAAUUGUGAUAUAAUAAAAAUAAUAACAAUGUACUCAAUAUCUGUCACAUCCAGGUUGCCAUCCAGCUGAAUGACACUCACCCUGCCAUGGCUAUUCCUGAGCUGAUGAGGGUCCUGCUUGAUGAGGAGAAGCUGGGUUGGGACAAGGUGAGUGGAAGCUAAUGAGGGUACUGGUUGAUGAGGAGAAGCUGGGUUGGGACAAGGUGAGUGGAAGCUAAUGAGGGUACUGGUUGAUGAGGAGAAGCUGGGUUGGGACAAGGUGAGUGGAAGCUAAUGAGGGUACUGGUUGAUGAGGAGAAGCUGGGUUGGGACAAGGUGAGUGGAAGCUAAUGAGGGUACUGGUUGAUGAGGAGAAGCUGGGUUGGGACAAGGUGAGUGGAUGAGAUAACUAUCAUCAUGACAACUGAAUGUGUUUUACAGCUGUACAACUACACUGGUUCUGAUCAAUAAUUUAUAUAUACACUAGAUGACUGAUAGGGGGCGCUGUGUUGAAGCCACCGUGCCUCCAUCUUGGCACUCCCUCACCGUUGUAAAAAAUAUUUUAAAAGCUAUAGAAAUUUAUUUAUGAAUGUCUACAUUCGUUUUUGCCACAUUUAUUCUAUUACAGACACCUUAAUGCAUACUUUUAAAUUAUAUUAUGUGAGAUAAAUAUACAAAUAAAACAUGAAAUAAAUAGAUUACUAAUGUUACUGUCCCCACUACAACAAGAAAAUACUUAAAUCCUUGAAACAUUUAAUUUAAAUACUAUAGAAUUCCAUUCAUUCCUAUGGAAGACUGCUCUGACUGGAGAGUGCCAAUAUGGCCGACCUGUGGCUUCAAAGCCUCUCAAUGGUCAAUACAUGGCAUCAGCAAUCCAAGGUGUAUAUACAUCAUUGGUUCUGAUGUGUCACACUGGGUAGACUGAACUAUUUUCAUUGGAACUGCCCUGGGCAGUAGUGUACGGUACAUCCAGUAUUACUUCGAAAGCCAUGGAGUGUGGGGUUGUACUUUAAUAAUGAUACCAGCAGGGGGCAACAAAUAUCAGCAUAGUAGAAUGUGUUGGCUUGGCAACACACUACAGAUAAAGAUUUAGCACAAAUGUAAAGCUAGGACUAUUAAGACUACCAUUCAUUUAUCCUACUUCUGUCUAGAAGGGGGCAAAUUAACCAUGAGGUUUAUAAAUGGUAUUAUCUUACCUCUGUCCCUGUGUGUGUCCAGGCCUGGGACGUGUGUGUCCGUACCUGUGCCUACACAAACCACACCGUGCUGCCUGAGGCCCUGGAGCGCUGGCCCCUUGACCUGUUCCAUCAUCUGCUGCCCCGUCACCUGGAGAUCAUCUUCGAGAUCAACCGUCGCUUCUUGGAGGUACGUGAGGCCGAUGGCACAAAGACUAAUGGUAGCCUACCGUGCAGGAAGUGUUAUUACAGAUAAGUGUUCCUUACGCUUUAUCUAACUGGAAUUAUUGUACCAAAACGUGGUAUUAUAGGCUAACUUAAUUGAAAUCCAACUUUGUUACAGAAUAACAAUGUCCACCUUGUGGAAACCUAAACUUUUGUUUGACUUGUUCCUCCAGUAUGUUGCCUCUAAGUACCCUGGCGACAAUGACCGCCUGCGUCGCAUGUCCCUGAUUGAGGAGGGCGGAUGCAAGAAAGUCAACAUGGCUCAUCUGUGUAUCGUUGGUUCCCAUGCUGUCAACGGCGUGGCCCGCAUCCACUCUGAGAUCCUCAUCGCCACUCUGUACGUGUCCUACACAAACACAAAUACAUUUACAGUGGGGAAAAAAAGUAUUUAGUCAGCCACCAAUUGUGCAAGUUCUCCCACUUAAAAAGAUGAGAGAGGCCUGUAAUUUUCAUCAUAGGUACACGUCAACUAUGACAGACAAAAUGAGGGAAAAAAAUCCAGAAAAUCACAUUGUAGGAUUUUUUAUGAAUUUAUUUGCAAAUUAUGGUGGAAAAUAAGUAUUUGGUCAAUAACAAAAGUUUCUCAAUACUUUGUUAUAUACCCUUUGUUGGCAAUGACACAGGUCAAACGUUUUCUGUAAGUCUUCACAAGGUUUUCACACACUGUUGCUGGUAUUUUGGCCUAUUCCUCCAUGCAGAUCUCCUCUAGAGCAGUUAUGUUUUGGGGCUGUCGCUGGGCAACACAGACUUUCAACUCCCUCCAAAGAUUUUCUAUGGGGUUGAGAUAGGGAGACUGGCUAGGCCACUCCAGGACCUUGAAAUGCUUCUUACGAAGCCACUCCUUCGUUGCCCGGGCGGUGUGUUUGGGAUCAUUGUCAUGCUGAAAGACCCAGCCACGUUUCAUCUUCAAUGCCCUUGCUGAUGGAAGGAGGUUUUCACUCAAAAUCUCACGAUACAUGGCCCCAUUCAUUCUUUCCUUUACACGGAUCAGUCGUCCUGGUCCCUUUGCAGAAAAACAGCCCCAUGCUUCCCCAUGCUUCACAGUAGGUAUGGUGUUCUUUGGAUGCAACUCAGCAUUCUUUGUCCUCCAAACACGACGAGUUGAGUUUUUACCAAAAAGUUCAAUUUUGGUUUCAUCUGACCAUAUGACAUUCUCCCAAUCCUCUUCUGGAUCAUCCAAAUGCACUCUAGCAAACUUCAGACGGGCCUGGACAUGUACUGGCUUAAGCAGGGGGACACGUCUAGCACUGCAGGAUUUGAGUCCCUGGCGGCGUAGUGUGUUACUGAUGUUAGGCUUUGUUACUUUGGUCCCAGCUCUCUGCAGGUCAUUCACUAGGUCCCCCCAUGUGGUUCUGGGAUUUUUGCUCACCGUUCUUGUGAUAAUUUUGACCCCACGGGGUGAGAUCUUGCGUGGAGCCCCAGAUCGAGGGAGAUUAUCAGGGGUCUUGUAUGUCUUCCAUUUCCUAAUAAUUGCUCCCACAGUUGAUUUCUUCAAACCAAGCUGCUUACCUAUUGCAGAUUCAGUCUUCCCAGCCUGGUGCAGGUCUACAAUUUUGUUUCUGGUGUCCUUUGACAGCUCUUUGGUCUUGGCCAUAGUGGAGUUUGGAGUGUGACUGUUUGAGGUUGUGGACAGGUGUCUUUUAUACUGACAACAAGUUCAAACAGGUGCCAUUAAUACAGGUAACGAGUGGAGGACAGAGGAGCCUCUUAAAGAAGAAGUUACAGGUCUGUGAGAGCCAGAAAUCUUGCUUGUUUGUAGGUGACCAAAUACUUAUUUUCCACCAUAAUUUGCAAAUAAAUUCAUAAAAAAUCCUACAAUGUGAUUUUCUGGAGAAUUUUUUUUCUCAAUUUGUCUGUCAUAGUUGACGUGUACCUAUGAUGAAAAUUACAGGCCUCUCUCAUCUUUUUAAGUGGGAGAACUUGCACAAUUGGUGGCUGACUAAAUACUUUUUUUCCCUACUGUAAAUCAUCAUAUUUAAACGGCACAACACAUACACAUGAUGAUACUAUUGGUGAUGCGUGCACAUUUUGAAUGGAUUUGUUUGAAGAGCUAAAGUGAACUAACUUGAUAUCUGUUGUGCUACUAUGUGCAGGUUCAAGGACUUCUAUGAGUUGGACCCACACAAGUUUCAGAACAAGACCAACGGGAUCACCCCCCGUCGCUGGCUGGUUAUGUGCAACCCCGGCUUGGCAGAGGUCAUCGCAGAGGUGCAGGGACUGUUGCAAAAGCAUUAGAAUUUAGAAUGGAAUAAGAGUUUUGCACUGGAUGUAGCCAUUUGUGUAUAUAAAUAGAAAACAUCCUUAUAUUUAUAUAAUAAUUUAUAAUAUGAGUGUUGUUAAAUAGAUGUUUCUGUUCUGAUACUUGCACACUAACAAUUCUCAUGUCAUCUUGUUGGUCAGAAAAUUGGAGAGGAGUUUGUCCGUGACCUUGACCAGCUUAAGAGACUGUUGAAGUUCAUUAAUGAUGAUUCUUUCAUCCGUGACAUCGCCAAAAUCAAGCAGGUGAGUCUCACUAAGUUGUCAACUGUAACAGCCUACUGUAUGUCUGUGCUAACUCCAUGCCCCCCAUCAUAUCCCCCCUAAUGUAGGAGAACAAGCUGAAGUUCGCUGUGCACCUGGAGGAGCACUACAAAGUCAAGAUCAACCCGCAGUCCAUGUUUGACUUCCAGGUCAAAAGAAUCCACGAGUACAAGCGACAGCUGCUCAACUGUCUGCACAUGAUCACUUACUAUAACCGUUAGUACUUCCCUGGCUCACUCACUCACUCACUCACUCACUCACUCACUCACUCACUCACUCACUCACUCACUCACUCACUCACUCACUCACUAUAUACCCCUCUGUCUCUUUCUCAGGUAUCAAGAAGGAGCCCAACAAGCACUGGACCCCAAGAACAAUCAUGGUUGGAGGAAAGGUAUGUUUGGUGCCCCUCAGCCUUCACAGACCCCAGAGUUUAGUUAUAGGAAGUACAUAUAGAACAAUACCUCCCAUCCACAACUCACUGUUAUUAUGCAACACCUCUGCCCCCUGCUUUUCUCCCAGGCUGCACCAGGCUACCACACAGCCAAGAUGAUCAUCCGUCUCAUCACAGCUAUCGGUGAGGUUGUCAACCACGACCCCGUUGUCGGCGACCGCCUCAAAGUCAUCUUCUUGGAGAACUACAGAGUCACCCUGGCUGAGAAAGGUGACUGACUAACCCGUAACCCCAUGGGUAUCUGUUGUUGCAAUGUCUAACUAGACGUAACAUCUGUUAUAACGUAUACUCCUCUUGUACUGCAUUCCUAUGCUUCAAGUUUUCCUCACCAUCCUUGUCUCCUACCAGCCAUCCCCUCUGCCGACCUGUCUGAGCAGAUCUCUACAGCUGGCACAGAGGCCUCUGGCACUGGCAACAUGAAGUUCAUGCUGAACGGCGCUCUGACCAUCGGCACCAUGGAUGGAGCCAACGUGGAGAUGGCCGAGGAGGCCGGAGAGGAGAACCUCUUCAUCUUCGGCAUGAGAGUGGAGGAUGUGGAUGCAAUGGAUGCCGGCAAAGGGUGAGCAUGAGGACAUGCACAUGGGGACAGGGAGGCAGAGAGGACACUGGGUAAGGGACAGGGAAGUAAGGAGAAACUGAUCCACAGGAAUGGGAGUUCUGUAAGGGGAGUAGGGGGAUACUGAGGCUGUUCCAGUCAGGAUACAGUCAGAGGGAGAUAUACAGGGCAGAGAUACUGUUUGGCCAGGUCUCCCUUGUAUCUCAAUGUUUUGGAUAACAUAUGUUUUUCUGUUUAAGAUAAUAGAGAGACAAAACCAAACUGGAGAGCGCGUCGAUCUGAACAGCGAGAUUUAAACACUGACCUUUGUCUUACACAGAUACCACGCCUCUGAGUACUACAACCGUAUUCCCGAGCUGAAGCAGGCCAUGGACCAGAUCGCUGGUGGCUUCUUCAGCCCCAAGCAGCCUGACCUCUUCAAGGAACUUGUGGACCUGCUGAUGCACCACGACAGGUAAUCACAUCAACACACACACUCACUCACACUCGCUCACUCACACUCACACUCACACAGGGGCCGUGCAUAGGGCCUUUGGUGGUGCAGGUGCUCAAAGUACAAAAAGGGCACACUCACUCAUCACACAUUGUAGGCUUAGCAAGCUAGAACCACAGAUGAAAGGGAGUUAAGCAUCUUUGCCACUGCUGGGAUGGGCUAUACUAGCUGAUCAUCAUUAAUACAGGCUAGAUUAAUUAGCUAGUUAGCUAGGCUACGCUGUCAAAACAAGCAAACUAGUCCUUACUUAUUUGAAUUUGUUUUACUCUGACAAACAGUCCAACUGCAGUUGCCCCUUCCCUGUCCCUGACCGUGAGAUACAACACAUGCUAGCAACUCCAAAGUCACCUACUGGCGUUAUUUAUUUGAAAUUCACCACUAGGCGGCGGUAGGUAGCUCGCACAUGCGACGGGGAUGAGCGCAGCAACGCACUGCGUGGUGGCAGAAGGGAGGGGAGGGGACUUUUUUCAAGAUUUAUGAGUUGAUGAGAAGUCAUCUAGUUUGAUAGGCAAUUUGUUGCAUUUAACAUUACAAGAUAGAAAAGAGAUCAAAUAUAUGUACAUUUUUGAAACCCCACCAAUCAAAAGGGCAAGCUCUAUGUGUGCAAACGCACCUGAAAUGUAUUUUCUUCCAUUUCUUCUUAUCUAAUGUUUUAUGUACAGGUUCAAGGUGUUUGCUGACUAUGAAGCCUACAUCAAAUGCCAGGACAAGGUCAACCAACUGUACAAGGUCAGUGUUAUGCCUAAACGUCAUAGGUCCUAGGUCACCUGGUUCAAGUAUCUGUCGAUACCUUCUCAAAAUCUAAGCAAGCCUACAUAUCUUAUAUUGAGUGAUAAUUCUGCUUAUUUUAACCAAAAAAAAAGCUUAAUACAAGUAAUAUAUCUUAUUUCAAGAUAUUUUUUCUAGAUAAUUUACCUUAAUAAGAUCAAUUACUUGUAUUUUUUCAAUGUUAAAAUUAGCAAAAUUAUCUGUCAAUGACGUUAGAUAAUUUAGGUUGGUAAAACAAAACAAGAAAAACACUAAUUUUAAGUGAAUUAUCACUCAAUAUAAGAUAUUAAGGCUUGCUUAGAUUUCACUUUUUGCAGUGUGUCGUGACGUGACUUACAUUCAUGUGAUGACUGUUAUUUAUCGAAUCAACUAACUAUGUUUAAUUGUCACUCGAUUAAAUUAAUCAUGCAACAAUUAACUCAUUAGGAAUUUGGGGCACCACGGAAGAAGUUGUUUAACGAGUUACCAUCUCCUGAAUUAACUCUAAAAGAUAUCUAGAUAUCUCUUAUAUCAUUUAACAGUCACUUAUCAAAUAAUUACCUCAUCAGUCUCAUUCUGAACGUCACAUAAUCCUUGAACCUGCAAGAACCCUAACCUUAUUGAUGAAUCAGCUAUACACAAAUUGGCUUAAUUAUUUAUUUACUAACUCACUAAAUAAUAACACAGAAUACAUAAACACACACACGGUAUAGGUUAUCAAAAAGCGAGGGGUCAAUAGAAAGAGAGUGAAAGGGAGAGACAAAGAGAUUCAAACUAUCGUUGUUACAUUUGGAAACUACGCUCACAGUAAUCAUAAUACUUAGCACCCUAACCACCGCUCAUUCGGAUAAGAAAUGCAAUGUAUAUAUUUACACGUAGCUGUCCUUGAUCGUCAUCUCUCUGUUAGACCACUUUCUCAAAAAGGGUUUGAGUGUCCUGGUUCCACUUUGGUGAGACUCGGCUUGUCUUCGAAUGGAGUGUUCGUUAGAAUAGAUACUUCAGAUGUACCAGCGGUUGUCUGAAAGGGAUUGUCCUUCCCACCUCGUGUAUUUAAUCAAAUGUUCUAGACUGCUUUACAUGCCAGCUGCAGACUGGUAAUGCUACGGUCUAGUGAGUUUCUUCUUCUUGUGUAGAGAUUGAGAGUUUCAGAGUUUCUCACCAUUUCAAACGUGUGGACUAACGUCUCACGUUUUCUGGUCUUUCUGGUCUACCCAUUUUAAGCCUGUAGCUUCCUGGUCUGGUGUGAAUUUCGUCAUGAGGGAUUUUAUACUUGAGUAGAAAAGGGGGCGUUUCAUCAUUUUUGUGCUCAUCUGGGCGUGGCCAUUGACUGAGAACAAGUCAAUAUGGAAAACAAUAAUCUCAUCUAGAAUGCUAAAAUCACAUUGUUAUCUUCACAAAAGUAUUAUUAUACUUAAUAAUUCGUUUUAUACAACAAUUAGAUGCAAACCUCAUAACUGGGAAGUGUACACCCCCAGAGAUACAGUUAUGUUGUUCCACCAUCUUUAAUGACAUCACAACAUAGUAACGAAUUCGACAUGAUUGUUCUUUAAGUCCCCACCGACCAUUUCCCGCAUCAUUUGUGUUAGAAAUAUUGUUUCAUUAUCCACUUUUGGAUGUUGGAGUUUUGGCGGGAAGAAUCUCUGCGUUAACAAAGGGGUCCUUUCUCCCAAUACUUCAUGGCAAGGAAGAGAAAGUCUGCACGGUAUUUACGACCAGUUGUUAAGUCAUAAACUGGCCAAAUUCUCUCCCCCCCCUCCCUCUCCUGUGGGAGAGAGAGAGGGUCCUUUGAUGCAUUGUCAGGACAGUCAUGACAACUGUGAUCUCAACAUAAUCUUUCCUUCCCUCCCUCUCUCUCUACAAACAGAACCCCAAGGAAUGGACCAAGAUGGUGAUCCAUAACAUUGCGGGCUGUGGUAAAUUCUCCAGCGACCGCACCAUUGCCCAGUAUGCCCGAGAGAUCUGGGGCAUGGAGCCCAGCCUGGAAAAGAUCCCUGCCCCCGAUGAGCAACUAAAAUAAGCUGUGCGUCCACUCCACAGGGCUCCCUUCUCGACCACUUACUUACCCCACCCGCUCCACGCUACUGCUGUUAGGAGAUAAGCACCAUUAAAUAUGUCUGAGGGAAAUGGCAAAUCGUUUCUCAAAGCAAUUGAAUGACUGUAGUAAUUGAUGCCUGUAAUCCCCUGUAGCUCAGUUGGUAGAGCAUGGUGCUUGCAACGCCAGGGUUGUGGGUUCGUUUCCCACGGGAGGCCAGUAUGAAAAAUGUAUGCACUCACUAACUGUAAGUCACUCUGGAUAAGAGCAUCUGCUAAAAUUACUGAAAUGUUUUUAAAAAAAUGACUGUCUCACUAGUUUGUCUCAUACACAGUUCUGUCUAUUCACAUGGCUCAUACCUUAUCGUGACAUGCCUUAGCGAGAAAUUAUGCAAUGCCUUCUGUUGUGGAGAAGACAUAAGAGUUGUGUGGUGGGUUUUGUGUUUAGUUGUGCAUUCUGGAGUGUAUCUUUAUGUAUGUAGGCUUGGAUCCAUUCUGAAUGAGUUUCUGUGGUCUUAAAUGCAAGAGUAGGUUGAGCUAUAUGAUUUUAUCUUAGCUUGAAUGCUGUCAAUAUCGUGCAUGCAUUCUCAUAGCAUAGACUCUAGUCAAUGAUGAGAACCAUCAUUCUCUUAGGGUACUGCCAUGAUUGUAACAUGUUUUCCCCUCUGAGCGAACUAUAGACACUGGGCCUGAUCGGACAGCUCAGCGCUUCUGCUCUUUUCUGUCCAUAAAACACAUGGAUGGGUUUGCCCCUCUACCUUAUAUGUAUGUCAGUGGAGGCUGGUGCGGGGAGGACGGCUCAUAAUAAUGGCCGGAACGGAUUAGAUGGAAUGGCUUCAAACACCUGGAAACCAUGUGUUUGAUGUAGUUGAUACCAUUCCACCUAUUCCACUCCAGACAUUAAAACAAGCCCGUUCUCCCCAAUUAAGGUGCCAGCAACCUCCUGUGAUUUCUGGUGCCUAACCCUCUGAGGGGACAUAGGCCUGCAUUAAUAUGUUGAUCUGAAUCUACCACAGAAGGGCUGCUGAGGGGAGGAUGGCUCAAAAUAAUGUCUGGAAUGGAGUGAAUGGAAUGGUAUCAACUACAUGGAAACCAUGGAAACCAGGUGUUUGAUGUGUUUGAUACUAUUCCGUUCCAGACGUUACUAUGAGCCUGUCCUCCCCAAUGAAGCUGCAACCAGCCACCUGUGGAUCUAUUCUUUUUACUCAAUUGGGUAGAAAAAAACAAUGUUAAACAGCUUUAUGUUUGUCAACUGGUGUAUGUUUUGUCUUUGCCUGAAGAAACCAACGUACCCGUGUAGUCUAUUUGAAGGCCUCUGAGGGCUAGCCUGGGAACCAGAGAAACAGAGCAGUGGAGGGGUGGGAUAACACAGCUGCUCCACAGUUGGAGGAACCAUGUCGGUGUUUUGAUGUUGAGACCCACAUCAUGGCCUGUCAGUGUUCUGAAACCCAGCUCUCUCUCUGUUUGUUUCACCUUACGGCUGUCAAUAAUGCCAACUGUGGCCAACGAAGCCCCAUCCUUCCCUGUCUUUUCAGGAUGUUCUUGUCUAGCUAUACAAACACAAUAAAG